AUGAAGAUUCCAUUUGUAGAACCUGUCAUGUGCCUUAGUGUAUUCGCUCUGACUCUGAACAGCCCACUGACGACACAAUAUGUGUACAGGAGGAUAUGGGAGGAAACAGGCAACUACAGCAUUGCACUUGAGAGCAAUACUUCUGAGUGUGCGAUGAACAAAAGCAGCCCGAUUUUUGCAUUCCAAGAGGAGGUCCAGAAAAAAGUGUCUCUUUUUAACCUGCAAAUGGACAUAAGUGGGUUAAUUCCCGGUCUCGUGUCUACAUUUGUGUUUCUGUCGCACAGUGACCAUGGAGGAAGGAAAUUCCCUCUGAUUUUGUCUUCUGUCGGCGCUCUUGCAAACAGCGCUUGGCUCUGUCUACUCUCUUAUUUUGCCCUUCCAAUCCAACUUCUGAUUGCAUCUACCUUCAUUGGUGCACUUUUUGGCAAUUACACCACACUUCUGGGAGCCUCUUUUGCCUACAUAGUUGAUCAAUGUAAAGAAAAGAAACAAAGAACGAUUCGAAUCGCCAUAAUUGACUUCCUGUUUGGAGUUGUGAGUGGAUUAACAGGAUUGUCUUCUGGCUAUUUUAUUAGAGGGUUAGGUUUUGUGUGGUCCUUUUUAAUUGUUACCGUGGCUCUUUCUGUGAACUUGAUUUAUAUUUUAUUUUUUCUUGAGGAUUCAAUGAAAGAGUCUUCAUCUCAGAAUAUUUCUGUAUCGUGGACUGAAGCCUUUAAAAACCUAUUUAACCGAACGUACAUGCUUUUUAAAAAUGCUUCUGGUGCGCAACGGUCUUUGUGCGGUUUGUUGCUUUUCACGAUGAUCACUUACUUUUUUGUGACCAUUGGUGUUUCCCCCAUUUUUGUCCUUUAUGAAUUGGAUUCGCCGCUCUGCUGGGAUGAAGUUUUAAUAGGUUAUGGAUCAGCUUUGGGUAGUGUCACUUUUUUCACCAGUUUCCUAGGAAUAUGGCUUUUUUCUUAUUGUAUGGAAGAUAUUCACAUGGCCUUCAUAGGAACUUUUACCACCAUGGUGGGCAUGGCUAUGACUGCUUUUGCCAGAACAACAUUGAUGAUGUUUUUAGUCAGGCUGCCAUUCCUCUUCACUGUCAUGCCGCUCUCUGUUCUACGGUCCAUGAUAUCAAAAGUGGUGCGUUCUACUGAGCAAGGCACCAUGUUUGCUUGUCUUGCGUUCUUAGAAACACUUGGCGGAAUCACUGCAGUUUCUACUUUCAACGGAAUUUAUUCAGCCACUGUUGCUUGGUACAAAGGCUUCGUCUUUCUGCUCUCCGCUGUUUUAUUACUAAUUCCAGCCAUCAGUCUAUGUGUUGUCAGGUACGUCAGCAGGAAUGCAGGAAGCUAUGUCCUUCUUAUACAAGAAGAAUCCAGUGAAGACACUUCAGACAGAUGA